UACCUCCCUAAAUAAUUCAAUUAAAUAAAAAAGAAAAAAUCACUGGAUCAUUAGACAAGUAAAAGAAUUUAAUAAAAUAAAAUUGAUUAUUUCGUAAUCAUCACCCAAUCAUCUUUUUCUUCCAUCAUCUUCCUCCAUACACUUCUUUUUCUCAUCCCAUCUUCACCACCACCACAAACACCGACUCCACCACCUGUAGUAAAAUCACUUCCACUCACCGCCGCCACCGCCAUCCUUCAUCAGGCGGCAAACUUACUUUGUGCUUUGUUUUCUCUGCCCCAUCAACCGCUAACAACCACCUAAUUAAAGCUUAUUUAAUUCAUUAUCACCACCGACGAAAAACAACAUGAUCACUGACUUCCCUGCUGCCAUCAUCGCCGCCACCCGGAAAAAGAUUUCUGCUUUCCUCCGCCGGGACUUCAUCAAGCCUGCAGCUUACUUUAUUCUCCUCUUCCUGACGUAUUACCUUGGUUACUUAUCGGCUGUUUCAAAGAAUCCAUUAUGUGAACCACACCGGCACUACUCCACCACCACCACCACCAACAACACCACCAACAUGAUCAAACCACCAUCACAAGCUGCUGCCGUGGACCACUACCAAUUCAAGACUCGAUGCGGUGAUCCGAUUCCCUCCCAGCUCAUCCGCCAAUCAAUCCUCAACCGCGUAUUCAACGGAACAUCCCCCUAUCAUGAUUUCCCUCAACCCCACAUCAAACCUCUCUUACGUCAGCAAAGAAUCAAAGGGUGGGGAUCAACUGGGGCUGUCUUCAAGAACCUGAUCAAUAAAGUACGACCCAAAACCAUCAUAGAACUGGGUACCUUCCUUGGCGCCUCCGCUAUACACAUGGCUGAGUUGACCCGUCAACUCGGUCUCGACACUCAAAUUCUAUGCAUCGAUGACUUUCGUGGUUGGCCCGGUUUACCAAACCAGUUUCGAGACAUUAAAAUGGUUAACGGUGACACGAUGCUGAUGUACCAAUUUAUGCAAAACGUGGUUCAGUUUAAUGCAACGGAAGCUAUUAUAUUUAUGCCAUUUUCGACCGGGUCAGCUCUCGAGACGCUCUGUGCGUGGGGUGUGACCGGCGAUCUGAUUGAAGUUGACGCCGGCCAUGAUUUUCACUCUGCAUGGUCGGACAUUAAUCGUGCAUAUAAACUGUUGAGACCAGGUGGGGUUAUUUUCGGGCAUGAUUAUUUUACGGUGGCAGAUAACAGAGGUGUUAGACGGGCGGUUAAUAUGUUUGCCCGAGUCAACGGCCUUCGAGUUAAGGCCGAUGGCCAACACUGGGUACUUGGCUCCUUGUGAGUUCUGACAGAUCUUACGUUAUCUGCAUAACUUUACUGUAAACGUACUUAAAAGGACGAUUGCUACAUCCACAAUUACUCUUCACGUCCAAAUUAAAUUUCUAAAUAAUAAACUAAUUCCAUGAGUUAAGGCUCUCAAACACAAAAGUAGAAAGCUUUGUUAGAAAAUUGAGUAAUUAAACACAUAUAAAUGCCUUUUAGAUAAAGAAUGAUAAAUUUUAUAUUUGUAAAAAUAGCCAUUUAAUUCGAAACAAGGGCAUUAUGGAGGAACCUUUGACAUACCGGAGGAGUAGCAUUUCGGAAUGUAUUUUUUUUCCCGGAGAAUAUGGCUUUAUGUAUUUUUUUGUGUAUGUUAUUUUUUCUUUUUAUGUAUAUUUUUAUUUGUUUUUAAUGAGCAAUUAAAACUUUGUCAUUUUCUUGUGGAAAAAUUGAACUUUGUGCGUUCAUUCUCGUGUUUUAUUAUGGUUUUUAAAAAAUAACUAUUCGUAUGGUAAAUAAUAACAAACAAAAGUAAUAAUUACAUAAACUUAAAUA